ACGUCACACUGUAAACAUUGAGGAGUCCCUCAACAUGUGGAAAUUAUUCUCGAGAACUUUACCACGUUAUUUGUUAUCUCGUGCAGCUGUUUGUCAAGCUUCCAGCUUGCCGAGGACGAUAAGCUGCACACACCUGUGUAAAGUAUCCACGAGGACGUGCGAAACAUCGUGUUAUGGGAAGGUAUUAACAGUAGCAGCAGGAACAGCAGCAGGAGCAGCAGCAACAGCAGGAGGAGCACCAAGAGCAGCAGGAGGAAGGAAGACAUGCAGGAGGAGAGGGCUCAAGCUCCUGGCCUCAGCAGGGGUUCUCGGGGGUUACUGUUAUUACUCCAUAAAUUCAGCCGCUGUUGCUUGCCAGGAUGUCCUGGUGGAGACCCUUGAUGAGGGAGACAUCGACUCCAAGCCUCUUACUCGACUCGAGUUGAAUGAAGCCGCGGCUCUCACGCAUUCAUCACUCUUGCGGCAAGCCAGUGGGGUCACCGUUGACGCUUCUCUGCAGCUGCUUCAUCGAGUGCUUAGAGCAAGGCUGGAUUUCUCAGCACAAUACAGAAAGCAACUAAAUGAUGUUAUAGAUCUACUGGAAUACUGCACUUCAGUCUUGCACAGUCCAGAGCAACACGAUAACAUCUGGGGACGUCUGGUCGUUUCACGUGCUGAAAUGGAGUCGUUGAAAGAUCACCUCAAGGACUUGAACAUACUGAUGACUUAUGCAUACACCACACUAGAGAAUGCAGCCAUGACAGCCUUCAUUAGCGGAGUGGAGUUCACAGCAUCCGCAGCACAGCAGGCGAUAAACAGUGCAAAAGCUGAGCUUGAGAACGACACAAAGCAAAAUUUGGCUUUGGAACUACAGUACGUUCACACUCACACCAAGUAUAUUGAGGCCUCCCACAAGUUGAUGGAGGAAGCUGAAGCCAGCAGUGAAGAAGGUGCAGAGGUAUCGGACGACAAAACAAAGACCAGCAUAGAUUAAUGCCAGUCCGUAUUAGUAUAAUCAUAACCAAGCGCUAAAACCGGAAGGGUCAUACAGCUCAAUGCCUAUCUGUAAUUAUCUCUCAAAUUGUACCAUAGGCCAAAUUUGACUGUUCAAUAGAGUACAGUUGCCCCAAUAAUGCCUUUUGGCCAUUUUAAACCCCAUUAAUUGUUUUCAGAUGCACAAGGGGGUUUGCUUACUGUGGCAAAUGCUUCCAUCAGUGGGGUGUAUUGAUCCUAGUGUGGGGGCCCUUUGUCCGAAGAAUCAGUUACCCUCAUUUUUCUUAGAUUAGCCCAAUUCUCAUUCUCCAGGGGCUAUAUAGCCCAAACCAUACCACGGGCGGGGACAGAACCUGUGAUCAGAGAGUCUCAAAACUGAUCGUGGGUUCUGUCCCCGCCUGUGGUAUGGUUUGUUUGCAAUUGUGUCAUUACGAUUUUGUGAGCUAUAUAACCCAUACAGAUUUAGUGCUUCCUUGUAAAAUCAAUAAAGUGGCAAAUACUCUGUUGUUGCUACAUUAUACACAACCAUGAACAGUACCAGUUCUUAAGUCAUGUGAAGCAAUUUGUACUAGUUUAUAAGUGGUGUGAAGUGAGUCAAAUGAGUUCAUAAGUCAUGUGAGGUGACUCAUACUAGUUCAUAAGUCAUGUGAAGUGGCACUAAGGUUAAAAUGAAAGAGCAACAUUUAUUAUACACCCUUUUUGUGAGAAUUCUUUUAUAGAAGCUGGGAAAUUAUAUACAGGUAUCAUAAGCAAACACUGAACACAAAUUUGUUGUCUGUACAGUAUGUUAAUAGACCAUUUUUGUGUACUGCAUUAUUGAUGUGCAAGUUAUUUAGAAGAAUUUAUAACAAAAAUAAAUAUAACAAUAAAGGAUUUUAUAAUUUUUGAAUGUUGUACAUCAGUAGUGCUGUAUUAUCCAAAUGGGUUUAGUGUUUAAAAUAUAAUUUUAUAUUACACCAAUAAAUAUCGAGUUCUAGGGAUGGGACAUUGCCAAAAUUUUAGUCUAAUACCGAUGCCUAGUCUCUGGUGUUCCAUGGCUUGGUAGGCAAUGCUUUCGACUCGCAUACAGUGUCUGUAGUUCAGUCCCCAGUAAGGGUGGAAAUAUUGGGUGUCUUUCCUUACACCUGCUGUCCCUGUUCACAUAGCAAGUCAUUAGGUACAUGGGUGUUAGUCAACUGGUGUGGGUCACAUCCUGGUGGACAAGAUUGAGGACCCCAGUGGAAAUAAGACAGACAGUCCUCGAUGACGCACUGCAUUUCUUGGGUUAUCCUUUGUGGCUAACCUUCUGGCGUUAAAAAUCUGAACAAAAUCUUAUCUCAUCACAGAUACCAAUAGUGUGACACUCUUACUGAAUUAAAAAAAACACGAGAAAGGUAUGAAAUCACUUAGACUGCUUUCCAUGGGUUCACUGCAGGAAGGGUCUUGAUGCUGUGACGGGAUGGUGAGCGGAAGAAAUUGAGCUACCCUUUCCUUCUUUGGACUAAAACCAAUUGCAUGUGCCUCCAAUAUCACUGGCACUGCAAAACUUACAGGUUUAGUGCUUCCUCAUGGCAAUAUUGUUUACUCUGGUUAACUGUAGGAAAUGACAUAGAAGGUUGCUCCUCAGUUGACUUAAGAUUCUGGUAUGGUGUUAACCUUGGUAAUGGAUCUCGGUACAGACAGGCUUCGUUUCACAGCACUUUGCUUCACAGUGUUUUGCUAAUAUGUACAGUAGUUUUUCAGUUAUACCCGUUCUCAUUUAAUCAGACUUCCUACAAUAAAUAUAUUCACCACUCACUAUAAGCUAAGGAUGAAAAUAUUUUAAGGUAGUGUAAAGCACCCUUCUGGCAAGACAGUGAUGGAGUGAAUGAUGGUGAAAGUUUUUCUUUUUCGGGCCACCCUGCCUUGGUGGGAAUCGGCCAGUGUGAUAAUAAAAAAAAAAAAAAAAAGUAAUGUGUCUACUGUAUAUGCAUUUUUUAGGCCUAGCUCUAUUGCUCACUUAAAUAUAUGAUAGUGUAAACAUGUUAUCAGGUUUUAUAUGCAUUUAAAAGUGAAAAAAGGCUGCGUCUCAUGUUAGUGAUUUUCGCUUUACAGCAGCAGCCCGGAACCUAACCUGCUGUAUAAGCGGGGCCUUCCUGUAAUUGGUUUAAAAAGACACUAAGACGUUAGAAAAUGUUUCAGUCUCAGGACUGAAAUGUUCUAUAUGUCUUACUGUUUGUUCCUGUGUCUUUUUUAAACCAAGGAUGCCAGUGUCUUUAUAAGUGACUUGAGGUCAGUACCCGAGUCAGUCAGCGAAGAUCCCAGCAGCGUUAACAAUACAUCAUUGUGAUCACUGCCGGUGAGGAGGAAGGAGGGGCUUCAUACAAGGAAUUGGACCCAUCUUUCCCUUCCCUGGAUCAAACCUGAUUGCCUCCUGUACUCCCAGGUGCUGUAUGACUUACAAAAAUUGUAAUAACACAAUUGUAAACAAACCAGGGUAAUGGGGCUUGAACUCACAUUAUUAUUAUUAUUAUUAUAAUCAAGGGGGAAGCGCUAAACCCGGAGGAUUAUACAGCGCCUGGGGGGGGGGGGAUGUGGAAGGCAUUCAGGCUUAAUUCGGGGAACUGGAGCACAGAUCCAAUUCCCUAAAUCAAGAGCCCCUCACCAACAUCAAGGAACCUUCCUUGAGGGGUUGAACUCACAGCAAGUGAGUCAUAAAACUCUAGGCCAGUGCAUAAGCCACUGGGCCAGCUGGCUACAGUAAGAUUUGUCUAACUAAAUAUAUACACCAUAGGGAGGUUAUUAUUAUUAUUAUAAUCAAGGGGGAAGCGCUAAACCCGGAGGAUUAUACAGCGCCUGGGGGGGGGGAUGUGGAAGGCAUUCAGGCUUAAUUCGGGGAACUGGAGCACAGAUCCAAUUCCCUAAAUCAAGAGCCCCUCACCAACAUCAAGGAACCUUCCUUGAGGGGAUAGGGAGGUUAGCAAGGGCCACCACUGUGACCAGACCC